AUGUGUCAUGGCCUCUUGCUAUUUUGGCGAGCUUUGAGCUCAGAGCGGAGAAGACUAAGAGAGAUGGCGGCGGCGGCGGCGGCGACGUUCCGGUGGGUGCUCCAGCUGCACAGGGACGUGCCGAGGGCCGCUCGCUUCUAUUCCGAGGGCCUCGAUUUCACCGUCAAUGUCUGCACUCUACGAUGGGCCGAGCUCCAAUCCGGUCCGCUCAAGCUCGCUCUCAUGCAUUCCUCUAGUGACAUUGUCUCUCAGAAGGGUUAUUCUUCUAUGUUAUCAUUCACUGUGACCGACAUAAACAGCUCAGUAACAAAAUUGAUGGCAUUAGGAGCUGAACUUGAUGGACCUAUUAAAUAUGAAAUUCACGGCAAGGUUGCUGCAUUGCGUUGCAUUGAUGGGCACAUGUUGGGCCUCCAUGAGCCUGCAUGAUGGAGCUGUUUCAAGUCUUGAAAGGAUCUUCCUUUACUUUCUGACAAUGGGGAAAGCACAAAUGACUUCUCCUUUUUUUGGGUUGCCUUCAUGUAUGGACAGUACUUGUUGAUCUAAAUCAAUCAGCACAGUGCAAAGCGUAUGCAGCAUUGGACCUAUAAAUUU